AUGCAUGCGUGCAGCUUUGGCCAAGAAGCGGCAGCCCAACGCUUUUGGGAUUUGAUGAAGAGGCUGACUUCAUGUCGAGACGACUCGGGACUGUCAUCGUCUGAAAGAGCUUACCCUCUUUGUUUAGAUCACAGACUCCUUCACGUUCUAUAG